GCCAACCAACUUUCCCUUUCUAUGCAGUUUUUUCUCUUUCAGGGCUCUGCAUGAAUGGGCGCAGCCCCAGAAGCCUGAGAGCUGCAGAAGUAAUGCAGAGGAUAUUUGUUUUGUUUUGUUUUGUUUUGCUCCAUAACAAUGUAGUUUAACUAAGAAUGGAGUUUUUUUUCACAAACGUAGGCUAAGUUUUUCCCAUGCCUCUAUCUGACUAACACCACCGUGGAUGAAUUACCCCUUUGGCGCAGUUAAACUUUUUGUGUGUUUUUGGCCCCCAAGCUGAAUCUGUGGAGUCACGACGAGGCUUUCAGACGUGCGCUUGCUCUCGGUGCGGAUGAGGACGACGGUGAUGAUGAUGGACUCGGCUGUUCUGGCUCUGCUGGUCUGCGCCCAGGUGGCCUUUGCUUUCUCCAUAGCCGGCCACCAAGAGAACACCUGCGACGCCAACGGCAGCGUGUACUACGUGGGAGAGUGGUACUUUCUGGAGUCGGACCACUGCACGCAGUGCGAGUGUACUGCGGAGGGCUCGGCCUGCGCCCGGACCGAGUGCACCUCUCUCCCGGCUGCAUGCAUCCAUGUCAGCCACUACCCCACCGACUGCUGCCCGAGGUGCGAGAAGAUCGGCUGUGAGUACCGGGGAGAGGUGUACGAGUUGGGCCAAAACUUCCAGCCAUCCGAGUGUGAGCAGUGCACUUGUGACAACGAUGGCAUCGCCCGCUGUCUAGUUGCAGAUUGUGCCCCUCCACCAUGUGUCAACCCUGUGUACCAGCCUGGGAAAUGCUGUCCAGAAUGCAAGGAGGGCCCCAAUUGUUACGUGGACUCGACUCGCGGUCAGGUGAUUCCAGCCGGUGAGCCCAUCUGGGUGGAUUCCUGCACAAAGUGCCGCUGCCAUGAUGGCCAGGAUGCUGGUUACUGGGAGGGAAACCGUCUAGCCACCUGCGCACGUGUCAAAAACUGUACCCCUGAACAUCGCCCCGGUCAGCAAAACUGAUAGAAGAACCAACCGUAACACGCCAUGGUGUGAGAACCGACUAUUAAAUACAGUUUGACAAAGCUUAUCGGCUGAAUCUUGCCCCAACCUCCCGUGACCUUACCAUCAAUUCCCUCUAAACUUGACCCAUAAGAAUAAGGAGCCGAUGAUCGGGCCAUAUUAACUGCACUCCAAUGGAUCAGCUGUAACCUAUAAAAAAUCCACAAUGAAACAGAACUGAACUGCAGGAACAAAAAAGAAGCAACUCUCCAAUUCCAUGUCAUAAUCCAUUACGGGGGCUCGUCCAUAGUUCAGAAAAUGACGCCACGCAAUGUAACUGACAAGAUGUAAGGAAUUCCUCCGGUUUGCAAGUGCAAUGUGUGGAAGAUGAAAUGCAGCUUUCAUCAUUUGUCCCCUCUGUAUCUAAUUUCUCCUGUCUUCUUCCUGUGCAACACAUGAAAAAUGCAAAAUGCAUUAAAAUGCAUGUAAAAUUAAAAUGCACAUGUAAAAGAGAUAUUACGAGAAUAACCCCCAAACCGUUGGAACAGUUAAGUUGCACCCCACAGAUAGUGAACAGCACCCAGUAUGACAACCACGGAGGAACAUGAGAGACAUUCUCUUCAUUCAACACUUCAAAGAAGGUUGAAUCAGCUCAUCUGGCUACAACUUUUAUUUACAGAUACUAUGUGUCAUCACUCAGCUAAGUGACCUCAUCAGUCUAAACUGACUGCAGGUAUCCCCACCCUUAUAAACAAUGCAGUUGCAUAACGACCGAAACCAACGACCAGUUUCAUGUGCAAAUAUGGGUGUGACCAUUAUUUUUUUUCUUUUUAUUUUGAUAUACUAUAUUAAUCCCUGUGGGGAAAUGCCUCUCUGCAUUUAACCCAUUCUAGCUGUGUAGCUAGGAGCAGUGGGCAGCCACUGUGCAGCACCCGGGGUCCAACUCCAGUUCUUCUUUCCAUUGCCUCGGUCAGGGGCACAGACAAGAGUAUUAACCCUAACAUCCAUCCAUCCUUUAUCCGAACCACUCAUCCUGCUCCCAGGGUUGUGGGGAUGCUGGAGCCUAUCCCAGCAGUCAUUGGCGGCAGGCGGGGAGACACCCUGGACAGGCCGCCAGGCCAUCACAAAGGGCUGACAAACACCCACACAUACACACACAUUCAUACCUAGGAGCAAUUUAGUAUGGCUGAUUCACCUGACCUACAUAUCUUUGGGCUGUGGGAGGAAACCCACGCAGACACAGGGAGAACAUGCAAACUCUACACAUAGGAUGACCCAGGACGACCCAUAAGUUUGGACUAUCCCAGGGCUCAAAUCUAGAACCUUCUUGCUGUGAGGCGAUUGUGCUAACCACUGUGCCACCGUGCCACCCUAACCCUAAAAUGCAUGUCUUUUUGAUGGUGGGGGAAACCAGAGCACCCGGAGGAAACCCAUGCAGACAACAUGCAAACUCCACGCAGAGGAUGACCCAGGCUGACCCCCAAUUUUGGACUACCCUGGGGCUUGAAACCCAGGCACUUCUUGCUGUGAGGCGACCGCGCUAACCACUGCGCCACCAUGCUGCCCUAACCCUUAACAAGCAUGUCUUUUUGAUGGGAAACCGGAGCACCUGGAGAAAACCCAUCGCAGACACGGGGAGAAUAUCCAAACUCCACACAGAGGACAACCUGGGAUGACCCACAAGGUUGGACAACCCUGGGGUUUGAACCCAGCACCUUCUUGCUGUGAGGCGACAGCGCUAACCACUGGGCUACCGUGCUGCCCAUGAUGGCCUCUUUGACUCCCCGUUCAAAUCAGCGUUCCUGCCUAUCAAGGAUGUGCACACCCUCAUCCUUGAAAGAGUGGCCACUGGCCUGUAGAUGGGUGUAGACUGUGGAGUCCUGGCCUGACGUGUUAGUUCCCAUAUUACAAUGCUGUGAUUGCAACAUUCCCAAAUCCACUGUGAAUAGUACACGUGGUCAUUGAAACUCUAGUUAAUGGUCACACCCAUAUUUGCAGAUGAAACUGGUCAUUGGUUUCGGUCAUUAGGCACUGUGUUGUACUGUAUUGUUAUAAGGGUGGGGAUGCCUGCAGUCAGUUUAGACUGAAGAGGUCACUUAGCUGAGUGAUGAAACGUAUCUGUCAAUAAACGUUGUGUCUAGAUGAACUGAUUCAACCUUCUUACCUGGGUUAUUGAGCAUGCAUCAAGAUACUCAUUCAACACUGUUUUUUUACGCUCUCUCACAUUAAAAGUAAAAUCCUUAAGCCCAAUUUAUGCUCCAAAUGUCGGCUAGCAGACAAAUGUGCCAUUUGGAGUAUAAAUUGGGCUUUAGUCUUUUUUUUUGUGAAUUCGACCUUACACAUCCCAGCAGCUGAACAUUUCUACUACCCCCCGAAAUGGUCAAUGAAAAGAUUGCGGCUCUUAUACGACAACUACCUCCUGAUUGGCUAAGAAACUCUGCCAUCCAGUCACAUCUGCCGUGGGCUCGGGCUCCAGCCUCACAUCCUCUUCACUUUUUACAACCUGCGCGUCCCGUUUAGGUUGAAUCUGCCUGUAGUCAAAUUCCUCGAAAUGUUUACACGGCUCAGACUCUGUUGUAGCACUUACAGAGAACGAGAGGGAGCCUUUUACGCCCCUCUGUCAGGUGAGAAAGUACUGCCCUUCCAAUCCUUAUACCUUUCAAAUUACAGUAGGGAUUUUAUUGUGUUAUCUUGUCACGAAAAAAAAAAGAUUACCUUGUCAUGGACUGACGCAAUGCCAAAAGCGUGCACUAACAGUGAUGCGGUCUAGUCUAGGAUUCUGCUUACAAUAGCAUACAUAUUGUGCACUUAUCAUAAAGUUUUGACGAUACAGUACUGUUUAAAUGUAUAUGUACAACACUAGGGUAGAUUUUAGGGCUGUAUAAUAGUUGUAGGCAUAUUAUUUGCAUUGUGUAGCAGAUCUACGUCGUCUGUAAUUUGCAAUAUUUCAUCAAUCUUUCCAACUUGCUGCAGAAUCACUCUCGCUUAUAUUUUCAAAAGCGGUUGCCCGCAUCAUCGCUGCACACAGCUACCAGUGGCUGCCCUUAAACGGAAGUAUUGUGAAGUCUGGCAUGGGUCGCACAGCCAUUCAACACAUUUGCUUAAAGGUCCAACAUGCACAUGUGAUAAUAUCUCUCGGUUGGUAAACACUUCAGUUGUAAGAGACCUUUUAUGAAAAUCCACAAAAGAAAAAAAAAGUGACAUAAGAUGUGUGCAGUGCUGGGUUCAUGCUGGCAUGGGUUGACUGUACAUAGCAUACUGAAGGACACCUGACCCGUUUCUGCACCACAAUCUGCCAUUACAUCUCACUAGAUAUCAAUUAUGUGUUGCUUUGACUCUGCUUGAAACGCUCUAUUGUGCACCGCUGGAGUUCAUCCAUUUUGCAGAGUUGAGGUAAAAAUUGUAUAACCUGAAAUCACACUCUUAUUCACAUCGGUGCCCUGCAGAGACUCGUGUUCAACUAAGCAAUAUAAAAAGUAGAUUACCAUGAGGAAAAAGGUAUGGCUAGCAUUUCAGCAUAAUUAUCAUAGAUAGAUGCUUUAUUGUCCUCACAACAGGACAUUUUCUUUCACCUCAUAUCGCCUUGCAUCAUAUUUACUACCAUAGAGGAAUAAAUGUGAAUUACAGUUUCAACUCACCUUCUUUGAAUGACUGGAUGUAAAGGGAACUGACUGCCCUGCCUUUCAUAGACAACUGCUGUGAUUGCUAAUCAUUGCACCGUACCUAUAAUUAAACACAUCCUUA